AUGUUUGAUGUGAAUGUUUGUGGAUCAAUCCGUGAAAUAUUAUUAAAAAUGGACGGAAAAUUCGAUCAAGUUACUGGUAAUCUUAAGAAAGCCGCUGGAAAUGCUAUGGGCAACAGAGGCCUUCAAGCCGAAGGUACUGCCCAAAACACUGCUGGUCAAGGAUCUGAGGCUGUCGGCAAGGCUGGUGGUUAUGCUCAAGGUCUUACUAAUCAAGUUAAGGGUGCUGUCUCCAGCACGAUGAACAGCCUCACCGGAAAUUCUUCGGGUAAUGCUGAGGGUAAGGCUACAGAAUUGGCUGGUCAAGCUCAAAAGAAGUGGAACUCUUAA